GUUGCGCGAGCAGCAGGCUGUCACCGGAGACGUUAGCCGCCUGCAGUUGUAGAAAACAAGUGAAAUUUAUCGUUAAAAGCUUUGACAAGUGAAAGUCAAACUAGCUCACACGGAAUUAUGGACGACGACGUGCUGACGACGCUGAAGCUGUUGAUAAUUGGUGAAAGUGGAGUGGGAAAAUCCAGUCUCCUCUUGAGGUUUACAGAUGACACUUUUGAUCCAGAGCAGACAGCAACAAUAGGUGUGGAUUUCAAAGUAAAGACACUCGCAAUAGAUGGGAACAAAGCAAAGCUCGCCAUAUGGGAUACAGCGGGACAGGAAAGAUUUCGCACCCUGACGCCCAGCUACUACCGUGGUGCACAGGGAGUCAUACUUGUUUAUGAUGUCACAAAGCGCGACACUUUUACAAAACUUGAAAACUGGCUGAAUGAACUGGAAACCUACACGACACGUAACGAUAUUGUCAAAAUGCUUGUGGGGAACAAGAUAGAUAAGGACGACCAUGAAGUGGACAGAAAUGAAGGGCUGAAGUUUGCUAGAAAACAUUCGAUGCUUUUCAUCGAGGCCAGUGCAAAAACCAAAGACGGCGUCCAGUGUGCCUUUGAGGAGCUGGUGGAGAAGAUCCUCCAGACUCCAGGGCUCUGGGAGAGUGAAAACCAGACCCCAAGGGUCCGUCUCGGGGAGCAAGAGCAGGGCGGGGGCAAGGCAUGCGGAGGAUACUGCUCCAUACCCUGAAACUGGACUGAACCGAAACAAAGAAAAGAUAGAACGACUACGGACCAGAAACAGAACGGGGAAAAAAGAGCAAGAGGGUUGAACUAGAUGACUACUUUUAAAAAGUUGGAGUAGUUCUGUCGGUCAAAAGGACUUUGCCGUUUGCACACCAUCUUUUCAACCAUCAUCUGUCACUACUUUCUAUUUAAAACAUGAAUGAAGCAUUAUGAAGAAAAAGCCUUUCGUCUGAGAAAGUUUUAAUUUGACAUGCCAGGUGUACGUCAUCCGAGUACAUGUCUGGCUUGAAUUUAUCUUAUUGGCAACAGUGUUUCUGUUGUACAUUAAGGCAGAAAGUUAACAGCAUAGUGCCUAUAACACAAACCAAUUUGUAGGUUAGAGUGUGUAGCUUGUCAAACAAAAUAAAACAAUAUAAUCAAUAAGGAAGUUGUUCCAAAGAAAGUAAGUCCCUAGAAAUGUAGCUUCAAAUUUAAUGUAUUAAAUAUAAAACAAUGUUAAUUUUCCCACUUUAUUUCAUUUCUAAAGAUUAUUUGAUCGAGGAUAUUGCUGCAAGGGAUCUGCAGUAUGCCAUGUUUGUCUCCAGUAUGCACCACAACACUGUGAAUGCUCCAAAAUAACACAUUUCAGAAAACACCCCUGUUACUGACAGCUUUUUUUUUUUACUAUUUUUUCCAAGUAUUUCUUGAUUGUAAUUUUCAUCAGUUUCCAUGUAUGUGUAGAUGCUUUCAAGAGCUUAGCUAUUCCUUUUUUUCAUAACUUUAAAAAACUAAGACAAGUUAUCAGUCCUUGUCAUUGGGGAACUUCUGCAACUGAACCUAUUUGGUUUUCUGUUUGCAUGUCUAAUCUGGACCAUAGUAGUUGCAGGCUAACAGUAUUGGAAGCACUUGUAAUAAAAUUAAAUUAUUGUUUUUGCCCAUCUGCUUUGGAAAAAAUGGCAUUUAGUUUCCUGUUGAUGCUGUAGGUUUGUUUUUUCCUCUUUUAAUUGCAGUUUCUGUGUGGUGUGAUCAGCAUAAUGUCCCAUCUCCACAAAAUUGUCAGACCUUUCUAUACGUUGAUACUCUUUUUGAUACCAUGUGUUAACUUUACACUCUCUGUGUUUUAAUGAUAGGAUCAAAAGUUACCAAAACUUUAGCAAACAUCAAAAUUAUUUUAAAAAAAGCACCUCCAUACUUAAUUGCACAAAAACACUGACACCAUCUCAAUUUGCAAAAUGCAGGAUUUUUGCUGCAAUUUUUGAUCAUCUUAGAUAAAAACGCAUCCAAUAUUGAUGCAUAGGAUUUCAAUUUUGUCACAGAGGUAUCAAAAUAGGUGUUGAUAUCAGAUAAAGCUGCUGUUAUAUGAAGGCAUUUCUCACACAUAAUAGCCUGAGAGCAUUCCUUGUAUUGUUUGUAUACCUUUUAUUGUUUAAAACCAGACUUUUUCCUCCUCUAUGUCUGUCCUUUCCCUGUUGCUUUUGCCGUGCAUCUGUUUGAAUCAUAAAAAGCAAUAUGUUAAAUUGCCUUAACAUUGAAAGACAUUCAAUAGGGGUAUGGUCUAGUAACGUGUAAGGUUUCAAGCUGAAAUAAACGACAACCUCAA